AUGAGUUUAGGGGCGUGCACUGUUGAUGAGUUAAAAUUAAUUGCACGAAGGAAAAAGAUUGCUGAGUCAGAUGGAAUUGAAUAUCAUGUAAAAUUUAAUGAGACAAUUAAUAAAACUAUUCCUUUAGUUCGUUCUACUGAAGAAAUUAAAUAUGUUGGGGCAUUGAGAGAUAAUGGAGCUAAAAAGAAUAUUGCUGAGAAUUGGUAUCAAAGUCUUUCUGAACAAAAGAAAACGUUAACAGCAGAAAUAGAGUAUAAGAAACCCAAAUGCCUUCCAAAGCAAUAUAUUAAAGUUAAAACAAUAAGUAAAUAUUCUUAUUUGAAAAAAUCAUUUGAACAAAUGAUCAUUUCUAAAACAGAAAAAGAUCCAACAUUAAAAGAUAAAAAUGAAAUUCUUCCAUCAGAAAAAUUAGGUGAUGGAUAUGAACUGUCUGACUCAAUUUUAUUAGACGGUCCAAUGAUAAUUGAAAUGGUUAGAUUAUUACAAAUUACUCCUGUUGAAGAAUUUAUUCCUGAUGAUCCAAGAGCAAGUAGAGAUCAUAGAAAUGAAUUUAGAGAACAACGUAAUCCUCAACCUUUUUAUUCUUCAUCACUAUCACCUUCUCCUCAAAGACCAUUAUUAGUCGAAGUUUAUUCUGCUUAUGAUCCAAAGAAUUUAUUUAGUGCAUCUUCAUUUAUUCCUCAACAACAGUAUAUUGUUGGACCAAAUGACUAUAUGAAUUUUAAUAAAAAUCCAUAUUCUUCUCUCACUUCCUAUAAUUGA